AUGGGUGUGCAGCUGUUCGGCCGAAUGGAUUAUCAUUGCGUUUUGCCUGGUACCAACGUGUCCAAUGUGACCAUAGCAGAUCUAGCCAUACCUGAUACCAUGUGCUCGCAAAAAGGUGCAGGCGGCUAUGAGUGUCCGGCCAAUAUGGAAUGUGUCAAGUUGGAUAUGAGCGCUCAUGCGGAAGGUUUCUAUGGAAUGUUCAACGAUUUCGGAUCCAGCUUAUUCACAGUCUAUAUGGCAGCAUCUCAAGAAGGGUGGGUAUACGUACUAUAUGACUGCUUGGAUACAUUUCCAUCCUAUAUCGCUUUUUUCUAUUUUGUCACUCUGAUAUUUCUACUUGCUUGGCUGGUUAAGAAUGUAUUCAUUGCUGUGAUAACAGAGACUUUUGCCGAAAUACGGGUGCAGUUUAGCGAAAUGUGGCAAACACGAGAAAUCACCGCUAAUGAUAGUUUCACACAGGUACUUCUCCAGGCAUCCUCUUAUUUUUGUAUAACAGAAGAGUCAAAAGUCACAACCUCCUCAGCAGUCGCUCUGUAUGGGAAGCGGGGAUCAUCGUAA